AUGUCCACCAUCAGCAUCACUGUUUUCCUUAUUGUAGCCUACGCUACUACUGGGUACUGUAUAAAGUGUACACAAUGUUUAGGCCGGAAUCAAGAAACCUGUGAUGAUGUCACAACAGUGGAUUGUGGAGAUGAUUACUGUAUAACGGUGUCCGAACGUAACAUAAUUGAAAAUGUGCCCUAUCCUACAUUUUCCAAGGGAUGUCAAAAAGAUAUUGGACUUUGCGAUCAGCUUUUUUCGGCCAGAACUGGAGAUCAGUUAACAGCUUCUGCGCAAUCAGUUUGUUGUAAAGAGGACAACUGUAAUGAAAUGACUACCUUUCAUAUGGAUUCUUAUGGUGAACCAAAUGGCCUUUACUGCGAAUCUUGCUUCAGAAACAAUACCAAAGAAGAAUGUCAUUCAAGAGACAGAGUUCAGUGUCUGGGUAAUCAAACAAAAUGCCUCUACUAUUCGGGAACUUUGCAAAGAUCUGAUCUUACUGUUGUUGAUUACAUUGUUAAGGGCUGCGUUUACGAACCAGCCUGUAAAUACCAGCUGAAAGUUUUACCAGGAACCACUGAAUUAGAACAAAGAGUCUACAGAUGCGAUGAUCCCACUGAUUAUGAUAAUGGUUGUGAAGUUUAA